AUGGUUAGCCAUAUAUUUAUGUCCACUCUUCAUCAUCCCAUCCUCAUUUUUUUUAUCUCUCUGCUUGGAACUUCAUCCUACCUACAACUUAUUAAACCCAUUUCAUGUACCAAAGGCCCUAUUUUCAAAUGCUCAGAGGUGGAGAGGGCAGCACUUCUUAGCUUUAAAUACAAUCUCACAGAUCCAUCGGGUCGUCUCUCUUCUUGGGUUGGUGAGGAUUGCUGCAACUGGCUAGGCGUUGGAUGUAAUAACAACACAGGAAAUGUCGUCAAGCUUGACCUUAGGAACCCAUCGUAUUUUGAUGAUUUUGAUCAAUAUAACAAGUCGUGUCUGAUGGGUAAGAUAAGUUCUUCUUUACUCGAUCUCAAGCAUUUGCGUUACUUUGAUCUCAGCUUGAAUAAUUUUACUGGAGCCAAUAUUCCAAAGUUUUUGGGUUCUCUUGAGAAUUUGAGGUAUUUCAAUCUCUCUUUCUCAAUGUUUUCUGGAGCUAUUCCUCCCCAUCUUGGGAACCUUUCGAGGCUCCAAUAUCUGGACCUCAAUUCAAACUCAUAUCCAGCAUUGACUCAGUCUGAAAGUCUAGAAUGGCUUGUUGGUUUUCCUUCUCUUAAGUACCUUGGAAUGGAUUAUGUAAAUCUUGAAAAAGUACCAGAUUGGCUUCAUGCGAUUAAUGUGCUUCCUUCCUUACGGGAGUUACACCUAGCUAGCUGUGGACUUGUUAGUCUUCCUUCCUCUAUUUUCUCCAUCAAUUUUACAUUACUUUCAGUCCUCGAUCUCUUUUCCAACAAUUUUAGCUCCUCCUUCAUACCUCACUGGUUGUCAAAUGUGAGUGAGCUUUCAACAAUCAACCUUGAGUACACUUUCCUUGGAGGUACUAUUCCAGUUGGUCUGGAACAUCUAACCAACUUGCGUAGCUUGAAUUUAGCUGCCAACAAUUUAAUUGGGGAGAUAACUGAGUUUGUGGAUGCCUUGUCUCAAGGUUUCAAUGGCAGCCUUGAAGAUGGGAACUUACCGCCAAUGCAAGAACUUGACCUCACAGAUAAUCAAUUGAACGGAACAAUUCCAAAAAGCAUCGGGAAACUGUCAAGGCUUGUUUCAUUGUCCCUAGGCUGGAAUUCUUGGGAAGGUGUCCUAACUGAAGCUCAUUUUCUAAAUCUCACCCGAUUAAAAUCUCUCUGGUUGAAUUUGAAAUUUUCUGCAAAUUGGACGUUGGUUUUAAAUGUCAAACACAAUUGGGUUCCUCCUUUUAAGCUGACAGAGAUUUCAUUAGCAAACGUACGGAUCGGCCCAAACUUUCCAGCGUGGCUAAAAACUCAAAAUGAACUCGAAAUACUUUUGCUCAAUAAUGUUGGCAUUUCUGACACCAUUCCGCAUGGCUUUUGGAAGUCCCACCCAAAUGUCACCAAUUGUAUUUUAUCUCAUAACAAACUACAUGGGCAGGUACCAAACUUUCAAUUGCACCCUUCAUUAGUUGAUUUUGAUUUGAGUUACAACAACUUAGAGGGCCCACUUCCACUUUUUCAUAGUAAUCUAAGUAACAUAUAUCUCGAUAAUAAUAUGUUUUCUGGACCUAUUCCAGAAAACAUAGGUGAGUUAUUGCCCAAGUUGUUUUGGUUGGACCUCUCUUCAAAUUCAAUUACUGGCAGAAUUCCCCAUUCUAUUAGAAUGCUAAAGGAAUUAAGUUUUCUUAUUUUGCGAAACAAUUCCUUAUCCGGGAAACUCCCCCAUCUUUGGAAGGAUUUACAAUCGUUAUUAAUAUUGGACUUAGCAGAGAACAAUAUAUCUGGCAAUGUUCCAAGUUCAAUGCAAUAUUUGAGAUCACUGGAGGUAUUAUCAUUGAGCCAAAAUCAUCUUGAUGGAGAGUUUCCUUCUUUAUUUAGAAACUAUAGUAACUUGCAAAGCCUUGAUCUUGGAAGAAACAAAUUCUUUGGAAAACUUCCAACAUGGUUGGGAGAAAGUCUACCACUUUUAUUGAGGUUAAGACUAAGGUCCAACUUUUUUCAGGGGGACAUACCUCAACAAUUAUGUCUUCUUUCAAAUCUUCAAAUCCUAGACCUUGCACACAAUGAUUUUUCAGGAGUAAUCCCUCAAUGUUUAGGAAGCUUGCGUAGUAAUGAGAAUAAAGGUUAUUGGGGAGGCUAUGAUUACCAAAUGUUUUUGGUUUCUAAAGGAAUAGAAUAUGAAUAUGGUCAAACUUUUGUUUAUCAUGUAUAUUCUAUAGACCUUUCGAGUAACAAUUUGUCAGGAGAAAUACCAGAUAAUAUAACAAGCAUCUCAGAACUGGUCAUCAUGAAUUUAUCAAUGAAUCAUCUCACUGGAAGAAUUUCUAAAAAGAUUGGGAAUUUACACACGUUAGAAACACUUGAUCUCUCUAUGAAUGAGCUUUAUGGUCCAAUCCCUGAGAGCUUGUCUAAUUUGACCUUCUUAAGUCGUUGA